UAAUCUUCUUGUUUUACAGAUAUUGAGUGAAAACUCAGAAGAGAUCCAUUAAGAGCUAUGGAGAUUGAUUUGUCACCGAAGCUCUCUAAGAAAGUCUACGGCGGAGACGGCGGCGCGUACUACGCGUGGUGUCCCAAUGAACUUCCUAUGCUGCGCCAAGGGAAUAUUGGCGCCGCCAAGCUUGCCUUGGAGAAGAACGGCUUUGCUCUGCCUCAAUACUCUGAUUCCGCUAAGGUCGCUUAUGUUCUUCAAGGUACUGGAGUGGCUGGAAUCAUACUUCCUGAGAAAGAAGAGAAGGUUCUUGCAAUCAAGAAGGGUGAUGCUAUUGCCCUUCCAUUUGGUGUGACCACCUGGUGGUACAACAAAGAGGACACCGAACUAGCUAUCCUCUUCCUCGGAGACACCUCUAAAGGCCACAAAUCCGGUUCUUUCACCGACUUCUGCUUAACCGGCUCCAACGGCAUCUUCACCGGAUUCUCAACAGAGUUUGUUAGCAGGGCUUGGGAUUUGGACGAAUCCACCGCGAAGACCCUUGUCGGGAGCCAAGCAGGCAAGGGAAUCGUCAAGCUAGCUGCAGGCACGAAAAUGCCUGAACCGAAAGCAGAGCACUACAAAGGCAUGGCACUCAACUGUGAGGAAGCGCCAUUGGAUGUCGACAUUAAGGGUGGAGGGAAAGUGGUGGUUCUUAACACAAAGAACUUGCCAUUGGUCGGGGAGGUGGGCCUGGGUGCCGAUCUUGUGAGGCUGAAUGGGGGAGCCAUGUGCUCGCCGGGGUUCUCCUGCGACUCAGCCUUGCAGGUCACUUACAUAGUCAGGGGAAGCGGCAGAGUCCAGGUUGUCGGGGUGGACGGGAAGCGCGUGCUGGAAACAACGGUUAAGGCUGGCAAUCUUUUCAUUGUGCCGAGGUUUUUCGUGGUGUCGAAGAUCUCUGAUGCUGAUGGUUUGGAUUGGUUCUCUAUAAUCACAACUCCCAAUCCAAUUUUCACUCAUCUGGCUGGAAGGACGUCAGUGUGGAAGGCAUUGUCACCAGAAGUGCUGCAGGCUUCUUUCAACGUUGGGGCAGAUGUGGAGCAGAAGUUCAGCUCAAAGAGGAAGGCUGAAGAAAUCUUCUUCCCACCACCAAAUUGAUCAUGGAGUAUUACUAGUCUUUUUUUCUUAGUUUUCAUUUUAGUCUGAGUAGAAAAUAAGCAGCAGGACUUGGGAGAAUUUUAGUACUUUUUAUUUUCUUUUUUCAUAUUGUUAAAAUAACUUUCUAUAAUGCUAUUUUCUUAUUUAUGCUA